CCGCCCCCCGCGACGCGGCCUUAGCAGCGGCGGCAGCGGCGCGCAGGGAGCAGAGCGGCGGCCCACGGCAGCGCAGCGGGGACGGCACGACAGGACACGACGGGACAGAAUGACGACGACGACGGGCGCGGAGAGGCUUGGUGAUGGCAGCUGCCACUUCCAGCGCUCCCGGCUCCUUUGGAUGGUCGGCAUAAUCUUCGGCAUGAUCGGCCUUGGCUGGUUAACCCUUUGGCCUUCAACUAUACCUUAUAAUUACUUGGGAAUAUUUGGUACCUUCCUUAAUUAUUUAGUGGAAAACCACCACACAUGGGUAUGCUAUGGGUUCUGGGUGUCCUGGUUGAUUCACGUAGUUGAAGCCUUAUACAGUGUUAAGUUAUGCCAAUCUAAAGGAAUCACUGACCCGCGAGUUCAGUUCCAGUGGUUCGUUCAGACCCUGUUGUUUGGGUAUGCUUCCUUUGGUCUUCUGGUGUCUUACAAACCUUCAGCCAAGAAGCAGUACUAGAAGACAGUGAAAGAAGUCACUUCUCACAUUCUUCAUCCUCAUUUUUCAGAAAAUGCCCUUACUCAUAUGUCUCUAGGUGCUGUAAUUAGCUAAAUGUCAUUCCUGCUACAUGAUGCAGUGCCCUUCUACCCAAGUAACUCUCUUACUAAACAAGCCAAUUGUAAUCAUGGGACCCUGUGGAUAGGUUCAUCCCUCGAGUCUUGGCACUGCUAAAGUUUAACCUCAUUUAUGAUGCAAGAAGCCAAAAGUUGCUCCUCUGCAAUUUUUAACAUAGACUAUAUGCUCUGGUUGUCACUGACAAGCCCCUGACAGCUGGUAGCAGUGACUGAGAAAUCACCUUUCACAUAGAGGAUAUUUUUUCUACAAGAGAGUGAGUUAUUUCCAGCCACAUGGCAACUUGCACCUGGUUUGUGAUAGGAUUUAAAUUUACCUAUAUUUUCUCUAGAGGAAGUCUCACUGGCUUUUGUUGUUGUUAGGGCCUGGUCUUCGUACUCUGUUUUGUCAACUGAUUUUUUCUUCUGCAAAGGACAGGCCAUUGUUUUGCUACAGGCACAUUAAAAAGACCAAGUCUCAGCUCAGGUUGGGGUGCAGUGAUAAGCUGGGAUAGAUGAAGCACUUUAGCUUUGUUUAAUACAUGUGCCUUAAAUUUCGUGCAGCAUGACCUCACCUUUUGAAAGAAGGCUUUCAUCUUUGAGUUGGUAUAGCAUAAAGCAGGAAUCCUUUCAGGGCAGCUUCUUCAAAAAGUAACUUAUUAUGCAAGACAAAAAAAAACCAUUAACAUUCCAGAACCUUCCUGAAAAAAUUCUAUUUGUGGAUGAAAUUAGAUGUAGUGAUUAAACAUAUCACCUCUGUCUCCCAGAUGCUGGUGUCCUGAAAUCUAUGGUUGAGAGUCUGUCUUAAGCACCCCUCAGAGUACUUCUAUAUAAGUAGUGAGCCUUUGAUCAUAUUAUCUUUCACUUUGGAGUAUCUGAACAAGAAUUUAGCCUGUCUUGUUUUAGCUCUUUUAUAAGUAAGUUUUAAGCUAUUUAAAAUACUACCUAUGGGUGUGGGGAGAAGUUUUACCAUGUCACCUGUGGUGCUACUAUCCUGGAAGAAUGGAUAAGGAAAGGUUGUUCUUCCUCUAAGGAAGAUCUCAACGAGGCAGUACAAUCUAGCUCUGUGUGCAGUACCUAUAGACUGCAACACUUCUGAUGGGAGAAAUCUUAUUCAAGCACAGUCACAAAGCUUUUGCUUUUCAGUGGGUGUUAUCAACAUGGAGAACUGAAGGGUUUCAAAUGGUGGUUUGGGGUUUUGUUUUGGUGUUUUUUUCAAAUGGUGACCUGAUACCAUUUUGUGGGGAAGUAGAAACUCAUGUUUAGUGGCUAGAAAGCCAGCAGAAAUGUCAAGAGCCUGUGCUGUGUUUUCCUGUGUAACCUUUGAUCUCAGUCUGUGACCCUGGAAUAAAUAUUUGAAAAAAGAAA